UGGGAGGAAAGGGAAGGAAAUGCUAGCUUUUUUAAUGAAAUUUUAUUAAUGCAAAUUUGCCCUUAUUUCUAUAAAAGAUAAAAUAUAUGAAAAAAGGGAUAUGGUAGUAAAUUCAUUAUAAUACUUCCAUUUCAUUUCUUUCCCAAACAUAAUCACUUAUUUUUUUAUUUUUAUUUAUUAAUUAACCAAAUACACGAUAAGUAAUUAACUAUAUCCUCUAAUUUUCUUCUUUUUUCUUUUUUGUUUUGUUUUGUUUUGUUUGAUUUUGUUUUAUUUUUAUUUUUCUAUCUCCUAAAUAAUCUUAUUCUUUUUUGUUUUUUUUUUUUCAUUGUACCAAACAUAGUGUAAGAGGUUCCGAAGGAAUGGUCCUGCCGAAUACGCGAAGCCAAACGGACCAACAGUGCAGUUAAAUGUAAAUUGAUGUAAUAAACCAUGACAUUCAAAACCGCGUAUCCAGACAUCCCCCACCUCGCAUCAUCCCGCGCUAACACAACAUUCGAAGACAAACCUAACCCCUCGGCCCUCUCUCUCUCUCUCUCUCUCUCCACGCACUCACUUUCUUCUCAAAUGUCCCGGUCCAUCGCAGUGGACAUCCUCUCCGACGACGAUGACGGCGAUCAUCAUCCAGUCUCAACCCCAUUACCAACCCAAUCCAAGAGGCACAAAGGAGAACCCAAUUUUAACCCUACAGUCUUCAUCAUCGACGAUGACCCAACGCCUCGGAAGCCGGCGGGCUCCUCUUCCACUCCAUUGUUCAUCCCCGAUACCCCGAUGCCUGGUUCGUCGAAUUCGGAUGUUGCAAUAGUCAAAUGCACCACACUUGUCUCUGAUCCCCAACUCAGGUCCUCUUCAGCGUCCGACCAAAAGUUUUCCGGAAUCUGUGGCUUGAUUUGUUUGGAAUCUGACAACGAGUCUGAAAAUGGUUUUGGAAAGGAAAACCGGAAGCAGAAUGGAACAAUGGAUGCUGCCUUUGAUGUGAAAGAGGAUUCAGAAAUGAGCUCUAGAUUUAUUAACUCCUCAUUUUCUUUCAGGAAUUUUAAUUUAACACAAAUGUGUGGGGACAGUUCUUUGCAGCCAGUUUGUUCAGAAGAUAUCCCCCAGGCGCACGAUCAUCCUGAUGAAGAAAUUGACAGAUUGGAGCCUGUGGAUAAUGUCUUGAAACAGAAAGGUAGAAGAAAAACUAAUUCAAACAAAGAAAAGAAUGCGGAUGAAGCAAUUGGAAAAAAUAGGAUGACAAAGGAAGAAAGGAUUCACUUAAUGGAAGAAAAAAAACAGCAGAAGGAACAAGAGAAGUUGCAGAAAGCCGCUCUGAAGGCUGAAGCUGCAGAGAUGAAAAAAUUGCAGAAAGAAAAGCAAAAGUGGGAAAAGGGGAAGUUUGCUUUAAAGUCCAUUGUUGCUGAAAUUGACGCUAAAGUAGUUGAACUAUCAGUUGGAGGACAUUUGCUUACAAGGUUUGCAGAGAAAGGUAUUUCAUACCGUAUAGUGUCAAAUCCAAUUGAGAGAUCUAUCACGUGGACCAUGACUGUUCCAGAAGAAAUUUCACAGCUUUCGUCCAAAGGAAUUGAAAUUCCAUAUAUAUUACUCGUGUAUGAGGCCAAAGAGUUCUGCAACCUUGUUAUGAAUGAAUCUCUUAUUGAUCAUGUUUCACGUGUUCGGAGCUGUUAUCGAUCUCAUACAAUUUGCUACCUCACCAAUCGGUUGAUGGCGUAUAUCGAUAAAAGGGAACAAGAACAGUACAAGAACCCCACAAAUUGUAGCAGUUGGACACGUCCACCAGUAGAGGAGGUGCUGUCUAAACUAACCACCCAUUUUGUUAGGGUACAGUCAAGACAGUGUAGAGAUGAAGCUGAAUUAGCUGAACAUGUUGUUGGUUUGACUUCCAGCCUGGCUUCUUGCCAAUUUAGAAAGAAGUUAACUCGGUUAUCUGUAAAUGCUAAUGGAUCCCUUAUACCGAAUGAUUGCUUUGACAGGAAUCUAAUAAAGAAGAGCUUGUGGUUAAAAGCAUUGGUAGCUAUACCAAAGGUACAACCGCGAUUCGCUUUUGCUAUAUGGAAGAAGUACCCAACAAUGAAAUCUCUUUUAAGUGUUUACAUGGAUCCAAGUAAAUCGGUGCAUGAAAAAGAAUUUCUGCUCAAGGACUUGACAACAGAAGGGUUACUCAGCGAGGAUAGAAGGCUAGGAGAGAUUUGUUCCAAGAGAGUGUACAGAAUACUAAUGGCUCAAAGUGGAAGCAUCAAAACCGACGACGUCGAGGAUGGUGCUGAUUUCUUCAAUCAUCAAUCAACUUGAAUAACACACCCUCCAUUGUAGUUUUUGGUAAUCAUAAGUUAAACAGAAUUUGGUGUUUGAAGAAGCUAUGCCCCUGCAAGUUGAACUUUCCUAAUGAAGGCAUGAUCCCUUCGAUGCAAGGCAGCAGUGGAAACACUUGCCGAGUUUGGCUUGAAAUCUGUCAAUCACUUAGUGAAACUGUACCAUUUUCCAAAUUGCUGAAUCAUCUAGUUUCCUUGGCAACGCCAUGUGGAAGCAGCUGACAGAGCCGCGCAUUUCAGAGAUUUGAGAAUAUUUUGCUGUCUUAUAACCAACUUGAUGAUUUGAGUAAUUUUUUUUUUUGGAGUCAAAACACAAUAAUUAAGUGGUAUAAGAUUAUGAUCAUUCAUGAUUUUUUAUUUUUA